AUGGGACAACAUGUAGAAUUUGCAACCGGUAAUUUGCGUUCACUAGAAGCACGUCAUAAUUCCAAACGUUUGUGGGGAGAACUCACAAAAAUUUUAAACAACUGUCGUACCGGCACCCGAAAGACUUCAGAUGGAUGGAGUAAGUAUUGGAGUGAUUUUAAGAAUAAACUAAAAAACAAAGUGAGUAUACUAAAGAAGAGAAAGAGAUCUGGAUCACCAUCAAAAAAAGGAAUGAGACCGUUAACUAAAUUAGAGAAGAGGGCUCUGGUAAUCUUAGGUCCCCACUUUGGGAGGAAAAAGACCAGAAGUACUGUUGUUGCUUACAGCAAUGAACUAUCGAACCACUUGCCAUCAGAGGUAAAAUUAGAAGCAUACCAGGAGAAUGCAUCAAGUGAAUUCUGCACAACCCAGAGCGAGGGCAGUGACAGAUUUUCAGAUGGCGAUAAAGACAGUGAGGAAAGUGCGAACUCUAACAAUGAAUAUGAUGACGAUUCUGAUCAAAAUUCUAAUGAGCCGCUUAUACAGAAUUUAUAUCCAAAAUGGUUAAUAGAUAUAGAGAAGAAACGAGCUGAUGCCGAAUUAAUCCGCGCCAAAGCAGAGGAACAACGCGUUGGCGUGGCAGCCAAGAGUGCGGAGGCCAUGUUAAUACAAGCCGAGGCAUUGAGGAAACUAUCAGAAGCUGCAGCAACUCAGGCAGACGCUAUCAGGAGGAUAGCUGUAGUUUUGGAGAACAGGAGCCACAGAGAUGAUAUACUGUCUAUAUGA